CCUCCCUCCCUUCUCCCUUCCUUCCCUUCCUGCUGCCGUGAAGCUGCUGCAUUGCUACCUUGCACACAGAUCUGUCAAUGGAGCUGGAAAACAUUGUGGCCAACACAGUUCUGCUGAAAGCGAGAGAAGGAGGUGGUGGAAAACGUAAGGGGAAAAGUAAGAAGUGGAAAGAAAUCCUAAAGUUCCCUCAUAUCAGUCAGUGUGAGGAGCUGAGAAGAAGCACAGAGAAGGACUACUACAACCUGUGUGAGAAGCAGCCAAUAGGGAGGCUCCUGUUCCGUCAGUUCUGUGAGUCGCAGCCGGAGCUUGAGUGUCUGAUCCACUUCUUGGAUGCUGUGGCAGAAUAUGAAGUCACCCCAGAUGAAAAGAUGGGAGAAAAGGGAAGAGAGAUAAUUCUGAAAUACCUCACCCCAGAGUCACCUGUGUACGUCUCUGAAGUCGGCCAAGACAUUGUGCACCAAAUGGAGGAAAAGUUAGAAAUCAGUCCAUACAAAGAGAUUUUUUGUCACUGUGCAAAAUCUGUAUAUGACUUCCUCAGCCGGGAGCCCUUCCAGUGUUACCUAGACAGUAUGUACUUUGACCGGUUUUUGCAGUGGAAAUGGCUGGAAAGGCAGCCGAUCACCAAGAACACCUUCCGCCAGUACAGAGUCCUUGGGAAAGGUGGCUUUGGGGAGGUGUGUGCUUGUCAGGUCCGAGCCACCGGCAAGAUGUAUGCCUGCAAACGUCUGGAGAAGAAGCGAAUCAAGAAGAGGAAAGGAGAAUCAAUGGCGCUCAAUGAGAAGCAGAUCCUGGAGAAAGUCACCAGCAGAUUUGUGGUGAACCUGGCAUACGCCUAUGAGACAAAGGACGCCCUGUGCCUGGUGCUGACACUGAUGAAUGGAGGGGACCUUAAAUUUCACAUUUAUAACAUGGGGAACCCAGGAUUCCUGGAGCAGAGAGCUUCCUUCUAUGCAGCGGAAAUACUGUGUGGCCUCGGUGACCUUCAUCGAGAGAGCAUUGUGUACCGAGAUCUAAAGCCGGAGAAUAUCCUAUUGGACGAUUACGGUCACAUACGGAUCUCCGAUCUGGGUCUGGCUGUCAAAAUCCCGGAGGGAGACUCCAUCCGAGGUCGUGUGGGCACAGUGGGCUACAUGGCCCCUGAGGUUCUCAAUAACCAGCGCUACACCUUCAGUCCUGACUACUGGGGCCUGGGCUGCCUGAUCUAUGAGAUGAUCGCCGGACAGUCUCCAUUCAGGGGCAGGAAGGAGAAGGUCAAGCGCGAGGAGGUGGACAGGCGCGUCCUGGAGACCGAGGAGGUUUAUACACACAAGUUCUCUGAGGAGGCAAAGGCUGUGUGUAAGAUGCUCCUUACCAAGGAUGUGAAGCAGCGUCUGGGGUGCCACGAGGGCCGGUCGCUGGAGGUGAAGCGUCACCCCUUCUUCAAGGUCAUUAACUUUAAGAGAUUAGAAGCUGGAAUCAUGGAUCCUCCAUUUAUACCUGAUCCUCGAGCCGUGUAUUGUAAAGACGUCCUGGACAUAGAACAAUUCUCCACUGUGAAAGGUGUGAACCUGGAUCAGACAGACGACGACUUCUACACUAAAUUCUCUACAGGCUGUGUCUCUAUUCCCUGGCAGAAUGAGAUGAUAGAGACUGAAUGCUUUAAGGAAUUAAAUAUUUUUGGCCCUAAUGGGACCCUAUCACCGGAUUUAAAUCGGAGUCACCCUCCCGAGCCACCCAAGAAAAGUCUCUUGCAUCGUAUCUUUAAGCGUCAGCACCAGAAUAACUCCAGCAUCUCUGCGGACACCUCGACCUCCCUGAACCAUCACCUCAACACGAACCACAUCAAUUCCAAUUCCACGGGGAGCAGUUAGUGGCAGCGGGCGCUUGGUCAGCGGAGAAAACACGGUCAGGUGUGGUGACACCAGCAGAGAGGGGGAGCCGGAACCUCAUGGUGGCUUCCAGUGGAGAAGUCUGUGUCUACCAUGGGAUCACAGAUGCCUCCUGAGGGGAAGGAGUAAGAUGUGCUCAGGGGAGGGGGUUCCAGACCCUUCUAUCACCAAUGGCGUGAUAUAGGAACGGCGAUACCUCCCACAUUCACGUGACAUUACAAUAGGACGUUACUUGCAUGUAACAGGUAAUCCCGUAGUGUCAUGUGUGAGCGGAGGACUGGUCCCGCACCUCAGGCGCUGCCGCCCUGGACUUGCACAGCAUCUCACUUUAUGUCCUUUUACUACAACUAAAGAAAAAGGUUUAUUUUUUUCUUA